AUGGCAAUGGCCAGCGCUUUAGGGGAAAACGACGGUUCCCAUUAUAGAACACCCGGAACCGCCAGAUCUUCAACAGCUGCUUCCACAACUUCCAGCUCUACCAGAAUCGCCCUCUUCAAUUCUCUCACACCAUCCAGUACAGCUCUUGUCAGCGAGUGCGCAGAUACACCUUACCGUCAAUUACCGAAAUCUCUCAAGAUAUCAUGGCAAUGGAACAAACUACGAACAUUCUUCCUCGGCACUGAAGCCAGCUCCAAGAUGUUUGCUGUAACAGAACACUCUGGAUUAUUUGGACGCACUUCUGGUGCGCCCUGCUUGCUCCUGCAUAAUGGCCCUACCGGAAAAGACGAGAUAUUAGCAGCAGCUGGUGAGACACUGCGAGAUGGUCUGUCUGACCCAGGUGUCCUCGAAAGCAUCGUCAAUGUCUCUGGGGCACCCGGAACAGACAACAGAGUCGCUACCGAGAUUGUUCAGGCACUAUAUGACGACGAAGAACAAUGCAUCGUAUUCCGAUUUGCAAUCGAGUCAAAACCAGGAGAGCUAGGACAAGACGGUAUCUUUACAAGAGAAGAGUUUGAAUGGACCAUGACACCGAUACAAGCGGCAGCAGACGCCAAAUACUGUCACGAAUUCAAGCUUUACCGUGUUGGAGAUAUCAAGGCGCCGCUCGAGUAUCUCGCUAUGGCUUCAUGGAAGGAGGCAGCAUGGAAGACCUGCAAGAUUGACUUCUCGGACAAGGGACUUCAACAAAAUUAUGGCAAUCGGUGGUCUCUUAUGGUUGUCAUGUCUGCAUUGAGGAUGUGGCAGCUUGGUCGGUCAGGACAAGCAUCACUAGAGUAUGUAUCAAAUUAA